GUUGCUGAAAGGCUUGAAAAGUUGACUGGAACACUAGAGUGGAGGUUAUAACACUGUGUGGGUUACUGGAAGAUGACCAUAGAGGAUCUCCCAGAACCUUCCUUAGAAGGAGAUUCCCUCAUUGGAAGAGAUCAGUUUUUAUUCCCAAGCUCAGAAUCAUCUGUUACUUUCUCUGUUGCUGCAGCACCAAUGCCUUCAGACUGUGAGUUUUCCUUCUUCGAUCCCAAUGAUGCAGCCUGCCAGGAAAUACUUUUCAACCCCAAAACAUCAGUUUCUGAACUGUUUGCUAUCUUAAGGCAGUGGGUUCCACAAGUCCAGCAGAACAUUGAUAUUAUUGGGAAUGAGAUCAUUAAAAGAGGUUGCCAUGUGAAUGACAGAGAUGGACUGACUGAUAUGACUCUCUUGCAUUACACUUGCAAAUCAGGGGCUCAUGGUAUUGGUGAUGUUGAAACUGCUGUAAAAUUUGCUACACAGCUUAUUGAUUUGGGUGCUGAUAGUAGUUUACGCAGCCGCUGGACAAAUAUGAAUGCAUUGCAUUAUGCUGCUUACUUUGAUGUUCCAGAACUUAUUAGUGUUAUUUUGAAAAAUGCAAAGCCAAAAGAUGUGGAUGCCACCUGCAGUGACUUUGAUUUUGGAACAGCUUUGCAUAUCGCUGCAUUUAACCUAUGUACAGGAUCUGUCAAGUGUUUACUGGAACAUGGAGCAAAUCCUGCCUUUAGGAAUGACAAAGGGCAGAUUCCAGCAGAUGUGGUUCCUGAUCCAGUAGAUAUGCCACUGGAAAUGGCAGAUGCAGCAGCCAGUGCAAAAGAAAUCAAGCAGAUAUUGCUGGAUGCAGUGCCUCUCUCAUGUGACAUCUCAAAAGCCAUGAUUCCAAACUAUGAUCAUAUCACGGGCAAGGCCCUGCUUUUAUCACUUGGCCUAAAACUGGGAGAUCGUGUUGUUAUUGCAGGACAGAAGGUUGGUACAUUAAGAUUUUGCGGCACAACUGAAUUUGCCAGUGGCCAGUGGGCUGGCAUAGAACUAGAUGAACCAGAAGGAAAGAACAACGGAAGUGUUGGAAAAGUGCAGUACUUCAAGUGCGCACCAAAACGCGGUAUCUUUGCACCUCUUUCUAAAAUAAGCAAGACUUCUGAUCACAAAAAAAGCUCUGUACGAAGUUCUUCCAUGCGGUCUUCACCUUUGGUUAAAUCCAAGAAAAUAGAUGUGACCCAUGUAACUUCCAAAGUGAAUUCUGGCCUAGCUACACUGAAAAAAGACAGUGGUUCUGAAACCACCUUUAUGACUGCGGAGAGGGGAAAAACUGUACCUGCAAAAGAAGCCUUUCUUGGAUCCAGCAGCUCUUCCUCUUCUACUACCUCCUUAGAAGGCAAACAGAGCUAUUCCAAAAAACGGAACUCAACUAGCAGCAAUAAAAGGGCAGUCAUUAGAGCAGUUUCUGCCUCAUCUAAAAUUAGUGCUGCUACAAGGAAAAAUCCUUCUGAUGAGAGAGAAAUUCAGCUUGGAGACAGAGUACUGGUGGUAGGACAGAGAACAGGCACUGUUAGAUUCUAUGGCACAACAAAAUUUGCACCAGGAUUCUGGUGUGGUAUUGAAUUGGAUAAACCUCAUGGUAAGAACGAUGGUUCAGUGGGAGGUGUUCAGUACUUCAGUUGUCUUCCUAGAUAUGGUAUAUUUGCACCACCAUCUCGGGUACAGAGAUUAACAGGUUCUCUGGAUUCUCUCACAGAAACGUCAUUGAAUAAACUAAAUCACAGUUUUCCAGGUUUUAGACGCAGUUUAAGCACGACUUCUGCAUCUUCACAAAAAGAGAUAAACAGAAGAAACGCCUUUGUUAGAUCUAAGAGCUCUGUGUUACGGCGCAGUUGGAGUAAUACCACUACAGCUAACACUGAAGGACCUGUGAAGUUGCACGAAGGCUCUCAGGUUCUUCUAACCAGCUCCAAUGAAAUGGGUACAAUAAGGUACAUUGGUCCUACAGACUUUGCACCGGGGAUAUGGCUUGGACUUGAACUCAGAAGUGCCAAGGGAAAGAAUGAUGGAUCUGUGGGGGAAAAGCGCUAUUUCACCUGUAAGCUGAACCAUGGGGUCUUAGUUCGACCUAGCAGAGUAACCUAUCGUGGGAUUAAUGGGGCAAAACUUGUGGAUGAUAUUUGCUGAGUCAAGAUGUACUAAUACAAUGGAAAAUAAGUUUUAAAGCACAUAAGAACCCCAUCUUAGAAUACCAACUUACUUUUAAAUUAUUGAACCAUUAUUUGCAUUCAACGUCUGUAUGUGUGUGUGUACAUAUAUAUAUGCAUGUGUGUAUUACACACACACACACACACACACACACACACACACACAUCCAUCCAUCUAAAAAAAAAAAAAAUUCAGUCACAUGAAGCAGUCUAUUCCAUUGCUCUUAUUGAAACAGCCCUUGCCUGAGAAGAUUACUGCAAAAGCAUCUUGGGUUUGAGAUGCUGCGUUAUUUGAAUAACACUCCAGUAAGAGAAUGCAAGUAUAUCUAAUGUUCUCUAAAGCUGCUUGUGAUUCAUGCAGUAUUUAAACAAUUUUCUUCCAUGUAGUAAUGAACUGAUAAUACUCUGUGCAUUGCCUGCUUUUGACAGAGGAGGUGGGUAAUACGGGACAUUCCUCUGUUUACUAGACACUGUCAAAGUCAACACCAGCUGCUAGCAAUAAGCAUGGAGGGGGGGGGGGGAAAAACCCUUCUUUUUUUUCAAGCAGUUGCAAAGUAGUUCCACAUUUUAUCAUUCAGCUCCCUCUUCUUUUCCCCUCCCAUUCUUCCCUCUAAGACAAAAGGGCUGAUAAAUGAAAGUAUUUGCGGCUAUCCUAGUGAACAGCUGCACUUAAAUAAAAAGCCUUUAAAAAGCACAAAUAUACUUCAUGUAAAGCUGUGUAGGAAAAAAGCACUUUUUGUUGUAGGCAUUUGUAGAAAGAGCUAUGUACUAGAAGCACUCUUCAAAAUAAUGCACUUUGCACUCUCCUGGAGAGUUUUCCCUCAUUUUAAAAGCUCUGUUUGUUUGGUGUGUUGCAGCAUGUGAGUAUCACAGUUUUUAAUGCAAAUAAACCCAGAGUGCAACUAUACAUAAUAGCUGCAUCGUAACUAUUAAGUCUGUAUAAAUGCAGCAUGGUACUGCCUGCCAGUGGUAUGGAUCAUAUGCAGGGUUUUUCAAGCAAGCUCUUAACAUUUGGUUAGUUUGUGGUACGUGCUUCUUUUUGUUUCCUUUAGAACAGUUUCCCAUGUAAAUUUCCUGUAAGAGAGAGUCUCGUGUUGAAUUCAGGCUCGGUUUAGAUACAGCUUUAUAACACAUUAUGCUGUGGUAUUAUUUGCAUCUUAGCUUUUUAAAACGGCUAGUGUUUUGCCCAUAUUUUAAGCAUAAAAUGUAUUUUAAUUGCUCAGCAUAUGUAAACUGUAUCUUAUUGAUGGGUAUCAGGCUGUUUUUAUGUUCCGGAACAGUCAUUUUAUUCUUGAAUGAGCUGCUUGCUUUUACCUACUUGAAAGAAGUGACACUUUAAAUUACAUCAUAAAAUAUCCUAUUUUUAGACAGAGUUCUGCUGUUAUGUUAUUUUUAAAUAUUGCUGUAGCUAUUUUUCCUGAGCUGUAUUUAAAAGAUUGCGUAUUGUAUUCUAAUUUAUGGGAGUUUUUAAUUGACUAUAAAAGCUGUAAAUUUUGAAUGUAAAGAAAAUGCUUUAUAUUUGAAGAUGCAGAUAUUUAGUGAUGUACUGAACUUCUUUACUUUGUCCAAAAUCUGUUUCUUGCUGUUAUUAGUAAAAGCAAACCCUAGUGAAUAGUAUGUCAAAGAGAAUUUAUAUUAGGUUACAUCCUUACUCUCAUUUUAUUCUUUUUGUAAAUUAUGUAACUACGGUAGAGUCUGAAACAGCAGCUGUAAUAUAUAAAUUAGAAGUUGUUAAUAUCUUUAGCUGUAUGGUGCAAAAUAGCCAGCUGUCAAACAAAGUGUCAAACACAUUUCUCUAGUUCAGCCCAACCUCACUCACCUGUUUGUUUGGGCAUUAAACUAAACUAGAAUUAUUAGCAACACUAAUUUUUCUAUUUCAUGAGAUGGAAUGAAUAUAACUGCCUUUCCUGAGGCGAAGCUGGAGUUCUUCAGGAGGUGCUUAGGGAAGUCAGUGUGAGUAAGGCAGCAAGCUGAGAUACAUUGUUAUAGUCACACCACUUACGUGUGGCCUGUCUUGCACAGAUGAAGAACAUGUAUGGGACCAGCAUCUUUCCAACAAUUUUUGUGAUUCACUGGUAACUCUUCUUUCCCCAAGUCUUUGACAGGUUGCACCUCCCACAGCAGGAGGCUGCAUAGCUGUACCCAGUUCAGCUGGAAGUGGGGGGGGUCUCAGUGGCCUGGGCUAGCCAAGACUACAGGACUUUGAAUCCUGCCUUAUGGAAGGUAGAGAAAAGAGCACAGAUAUUACCUGAGCUUUGGUGUAGUGUGCUUUGCCCUUCAAUUUCAGCUUCUGCUAGCCACAGACCUCGCCUGAAAGCUCUGGCUACGGUCAGGUUAUAGCGCGGUAUCCUAGACUGAGUUGGGACCAUUAUCAGUGCAGAGUUGUUUUGGUAGCACUGAGAGUCUUCUGUGGAGAAAUGUGACUAUGUGCAGCCUGAAACAGAAAUAAAUCAGUUCCCCUAGUUCCAGACAGGAUUACUAAUGGGUAGCUUCAAGUUGGUGGGGUGAGAGAUGUGUGCUUCCUUACAUCCAGGGUAAGCUGCCAUAAUCUUUUUCCCCAACUCUUGCCGUAGACACUUCAUGUCAUUUAAAAAAAAAAUCUGAGAAAUUACUGGCACUGAAGUUUGGAAUUAAGUGCUAUGCUGAAUGGGGUAGCAAAAGCAGCUGUCCUGAGGUCUGUAGGGUUGCAGCCCUAGACCUGUUAGAAGUAAGCCAGCUGGUGUCCAAAGUCCCCAUGAAAUGCCUAAGUAAAGUAUUAUUAUUUAAUAUAUAAACAAACGGUCCCCAGCAGUUCUGUGCUGCUUGUGCAGACUCAGAGGCUUUUCGUUGUUCGGCACACAUCUCUGGGGCCUGGUUUCAGUAGAGGUAGUUGUUUAGCGCUCUCAGCGCUGAAGCAUUUCAAGCUUUGUUGGAAACUGGCUGGAAACAGGUAGGGGCACAGGUGUGACAGGAGGAGGAGAACUUCUUUGAAGAGUCCCAGGAUGGGGGAAUUUAUUUCUGGCGCGUUCUGUCCAGUUGGCUUCAGUGAUCGUUUUGCAGAUGUUGACAGUAAUGUUCUCCUGGGCAGGGAGCCUGGGCUUUUAAAUGUUGGUGUCCAACAAGAGCUGAGGCUCAAGGAGCCGAGGCUGGCACUACAGAGUGGCAAAACGUUAUAUAAGUUAUCUAACAAGCUGGCUCUGCUACCUGAGAGUUGCACAGAUGGCAAGUUCGCAUUUACUUGCUAACUUGUUAGGUUUAUAGCGCAUUCAAAUUGUGAUGAAGCCAUGUCAAACACCAGGUGAAAAACUGAGAUCAGUGUCCAUGAAAGCCACAUAGCAAUGUUCCAACUCGCAUCCAUUUUCCUGCCUUGCUGUAAGCGGACAACUCUGGGAAAUAAAUGGAAAUUAGAAAAAUGCCAACCAACAAUAGAUGCAAACGUGGUGAUUCGCUGGAAUCAUAGCAGACCACAGGAAAGCUCCUUUUUCAAUUAAGAUGACAGGGAGGAACUGAAGUGCAGGGGAACGGUGGGAGAGGUGGCUGCUUGAUGCCCACAUCAAGGACACUGAUCAGGAAAAAAGUCUCAUUAACUAAAACAAAUUAAUAAUCCUGCAGUGGAACAAGCACGUGG